GGGCCUGUCUGGAAAACUAGCAGCCGCUGAGGGAAGAUACCUGAGGUGAAGAUGUCGGGGGUCCCAGCGGUGCGCAUCAGCAUCGAGUCCGCCUGCGAGAAGCAUGUGCAGGAGGUGGGCCUGGACGGAAGCGAAACGUACCUGCAGCCGCUCUCCAUGUCUCAGAACUUGGCCCGCCUGGCGCAGCGAAUCGACUUCAGCCAGGGGAGCUCCGGUUCCGAAGAGGAUGAGCCCAGCCAGGCCGGAGCCAGCCGGGACUGGCCCGGAGGAGCGGACGACGAGGAGGAAGAAGGUUUGGUAAAGUUUCAGCCUUCUCUCUGGCCUUGGGAUUCAGUAAGGAAUAACCUAAGAAGUGCUUUGACUGAAAUGUGUGUGCUGUAUGAUGUUCUCAGUAUUGUCAAAGAUAAAAAAUUCAUGACUCUGGAUCCGGUUGUGCAAGAGCCACUUCCCCAAAAGCAGAAUCCUCAGGUGUUGCAGUUGAUCUCCAAGAAGAAAUCAUUAGCUGGAGCAGCUCAGAUUCUUCUGAAAGGAGCAGAAAGGUUAUCUAAAUCAGUUGCAGAAAGCCAGGAAAAUAAACGACAGAGAGACUUCAACUCUGAAUUGCUAAGACUGAGACAGCACUGGAAGCUGAGGAAAGUGGGCGACAAAAUCCUUGGGGACUUGAGCUAUAGAAGUGCAGGUUCUCUCUUUCCUCAUCAUGGUACAUUUGAAGUCAUAAAAAACACAGACAUUGACUUGGAUAAAAAGAUUCCUGAAGAUUAUUGUCCUCUAGAUGUUCAAAUCCCAAGUGAUUUAGAGGGAUCUGCCUAUAUCAAGGUAUCUAUUCAGAAACAAGCACCAGAUAUAGGGGAUCUUGGUACAGUAAAUCUGUUUAAAAGACCUUUUGUGAAAUCAAAGCCAGGAGCCAUGCAUUGGCAAACAAAGCUGGAAACUUCACAGAAUGUCCUGCUGUGUAAAGAAAUCUUUGCCCAACUGUCACGGGAAGCUGUUCAGAUUAAGUCUCAGAUUCCUCACAUAGUUGUGAAGAACCAAAUAAUUUCCCAGCCAUUCCCAGGCCUGCAGCUGUCUAUUUCUUUGUGUCAUUCUUCAGAUGACAAGAAAUCCCAACGGUCUGCUUCUGAGAAACAAAGUCCAGAAGAUCACCUUUAUGUUUUAGAACAUAAUUUGCACCAAUUGAUCAGGGAGUUUCACAAGCAGACCCUGAGCUCCGCUAUGAUGCCUCACCCAGCUAGUGCACCCUUUGGCCCCAAGAGAAUGAGACUGGCAGGGCCGCAGGCGUUUGAUAAAAACGAAAUCAAUUCCUUGCAACCAACUGAGGGGCUGCUGGAGAAGAUUAUAAAGCAGGCGAAACACAUCUUCUUGAGACGCAGAACAGCUCGGACCAUCGACAGUCUGGCCAGUCGUAUCGAGGAUCCACAAAUUCAGGCUCACUGGUCAAACAUCAAUGAUGUCUAUGAGUCAAGCGUCAAAGUCCUGAUCACCUCCCAAGGUUACGAGCAGAUAUGCAAGUCCAUUCAGCUGCAGUUGAAUAUUGGUGUUGAACAGAUCAGGGUCGUACACAGAGAUGGAAGAGUGAUCACACUUUCCCAUCAAGAACAAGAGUUGCAAGAUUUUCUUCUCUCUCAGAUGUCGCAGCAUCAAGUACAUGCAGUUCAGCAGCUGGCCAAAGUGAUGGGGUGGCAUGUGCUCAGUUUCAGUAAUCAUGUUGGUUUGGGCCCAGUCGAGAGUAUUGGCAAUGCAUCAGCCAUAACCGUAGCAUCACCAAAUGGAGAUUAUUCCAUUUCAGUACGCAAUGGUCCAGAAAGCGGCAACAAAAUUAUGGUCCAGUUUCCACGGUGCCAGUGCAAAGAUCUCCCCAAAAGUGAUGUGCUGCAAGACAGUAAAUGGAACUACCUUCGCGGUCCAUUCAAAGAGGUUCAGUGGAACAAAAUGGAAGGGCGCAACUUCGUGUACAAAAUGGAACUACUAAUGGCCGCUUUGACCCCCUGCUCCUAGAAUAAGCAGCAUGCCAAGAACUGUUUUAGGCACAGGUUUAAUGGAAGGGAAUCUGAUCAAGAGGCAACAUGCAAAGUUAGGAAAGUGUUAGGAAUUGUAUUUCUGCAUGCUCUUAUUGGCUCUUGGAUUGUUUUUGCUGAGUGACAGAACUAGUAAAACAAUAUCCAGGAAUACCCUCCAAUAACAUCACAUGCCCGCAGUUCCACAUGCAAAUUCUCCUGCAGGUUCCGAAAAAUGAAUUAAACAAUGCAAUUUUUGAGAUGA